CCAAGAGUGAUUGGCUGGUUCUUAGCAAAUUGAACAGACCACAGCUUUUUAGGUAGUGUUUAAAUAGCCCAGUACUACAGUGCAGACAUGAGCAGUAACAUGAGUGUUGUAUCUGGACCACACAUCACAGAAUUCAGGUUGUAAUUUUCCCUGGCACCAGGGAAUUUUCCCACACCAGGUGGCUGUUGCAAAUCAGUCACUGAAGUUCCAAAGAAUCCAUAAAAAGGUGUGUGCAAAGUCACCCAACAUGAGUGCAUCAACUACACCAUUCUUCCUCCCAGACACAGACAACCAGGCUCAAGGAGCUAAUCACAGCAGUGCUGCAGGAAAGUCAGAGCUAUCAUAUGCCGUCCUCAAGUUCAUGGAGAGCUUCUGCCUCAUCAGUGCCAUCUGUGGGAUGGUGGGAAAUGGCAUGGUUCUAUGGUACCUUGGCUUCCGCAUCCGCAGAAACCAUUUCACUCUCUACAUCCUAAACCUGGCUGCCGCUGACUUUGGCUAUCUCCUCUGCAUCGCCAUUGAGACUGUCCAGUAUCUGAUGCAGUUCAAUGUAGGGGUACAGUUUGGGAUAUUCCUCUUCCUGGAUCUUUUCAUGUAUGGGACUGGCUUGUAUCUCCUAACAGCCAUCAGCAUUGAAAGGUGCCUCUCUGUCCUCUGCCCAGUCUGGUGCCGAAGCCACCGCCCAAAGCACUUGUCUGCCAUCAUCUCUGGCUUGCUCUGGGGCCUUUCUCUGCUACUGAACAUGGUUGGCUAUAUUCUGUGCUCCAUGCACCCCUCUGGCAGCUGCUGGAUGCUGCUCAUUGCCAUAGGUGUCUUGGAUUUCCUGGUCUGCACACCCCUCAUGCUGUUCUUCAGCCUGACCCUCUUCCUCAGAGUCAAGUGCAGCUCCCAGAACUUCCGAACAGGACGGCUCUUCACUGUCAUCAUGCUCACCGUGCUCUUCUUCCUCAUUUUUGCUGUGCCUCUCAGCGUCCUCAUCCUCUUUGACUUCUUGGGCUACAAAUUCCUCUAUUCACCCGAGAUCGGCUUUGUGCUGUCCUGUGUGAACAGCAGUCUCAACCCUGUCAUUUACUUCCUUGUGGGGAGCUACAGGGACCGGAGAAUCAAGUUCACCCUCAGGCUGGCAUUCCAAAGGGCCUUUGAAGAUUCAGCAGAUGACAAAGAAGAACGGGAUACCCGAGACACAAUAACUAUGUCCUCCUAAUAUCUUUCUGUGCCCACUCAGUAGUAGUGCUCUGGAUAUGAGAGGUGAUUGUUCACUGAGCUGAAGAAAUCUGAGGUACUGCUGGAGGUCCCUCCCACCCAACCUUAACAGUCUCCAUUCUGAACACUUGCCCUCUCAUUAAUUAUUUGAAGCUCUACCCACAUUAGGACUGCACUUCUUUUUAGCAGCCAUUGAAUGAUAAGGCAAAAUGUCUUGAUGGCUGCAUUUCAUCACAGGAAUCCUGCUCAGUUUACCACUCAAUAUUAAGUUCUGUUUUUCAGAGCAUUAAUAUUUAGUCACUUUUUUUACACAGAUCUCUGAAGAUGAGGGCGAAUCUAUGAUCUUCCUGUUGAAAUCAGAUAAGAAAUUCCCUGAAGAGAGUCCAACUCCCUUAAUUUUUUGUACAUCAGCAACAUAUGCAAUUUUUGUGGUUCAUAGGGUGAAUG